AGUCCUGCCGCCGCCCGAAGACCAACAACUCCACCUGAAACACACACAAACCGGCCAUAAAACACAACAUGGACGCGAUCAGACCUCAACACACAACAGCCGAAGCCGCAGGACCAGACGAGGCGGCAAAGAAGAAAGCAGCCGCGGCCCAGGCAGCCAUCCGCCUCCCGGAGGUCCGACUGGUGGUGCUGGGCUGGAGGUGGCCGGGAAAGAGCCUGACAGGAAACACCAUCAUAGGCCGAGAGGAGUUUCGCCUGGAGCGAGCGGCGGAGUUCUGUGUGAAGAGGCAGACCGAGGUGCUGGGGCGGGAGGUGAUCGUGGUGGACACUCCGGGGUGGUUCUCCGCCCAGGAUACCCCCCCCUCCUACAAAGAGGAGCUAGUAAGAGGAGCAUCUCUCACGCCUCCGGGUCCACAUGCCUUCCUGCUGGUCAUCCCCGUGGGCAUGUUCACCGAGGUGGACCGUGCACGCAUCGAGGAGCACGUCAGCCUCUUCGGGGAGCAGGUGUGGAAACAUACGAUCGUGGUUUUCACGUGGGCGGAGGUGUUGAGGAAGAUUUCAAUCGAGAGGUACAUUCGCAGGGAGGGCAAGGAUCUGCAGUGGGUCCUGGAAAAGUGCAAGCGAAGGUACUUUGUCAUAAAUAACUGCAUAUACGGGGAGCAUCCGCAGGUAGGACGCCUGUUGGAGAAGGUGGAGAGGAUGGUGGCAGCGGAAGGGGGGCACUAUAGUCCAGAGGAGCCGGAGGAAGAGAAGAAAGCACCGGAGGAGAACCAGCACCCAGCCAGGGACGUGCGGGAGCUGGGGGCGAGACCCAAACAGAGCUCUGCACUGAGUUUGUCCAAAGCCAUGGAGGUGGAUCCACUUUCCAGUGAGUGAUGGAAAGGGAUGGAUUGUUGGAAAAUGUUUAAAUUGGUUUCAUAUCUCCUCUCGGUGGCGGUAAUACAGCUCAAAUCUGAUUUGCGAAGCACCAUUAAACACAGAAUAGGGGGCGGAAGCUCCACCGACAACUGAGGUCUGACAUUUUGCCAUAUUGGCACAAUUUUUAUUUACUAUGGGACUUAGUCUGCCAUCUCUCCUCUGGUUUGUUCCCCCAAAGUACAUGAACUUCCUGUUCAACAGACACAUCCUAUCUUCUUCCUCAUCCCUCCACUGAAAUUAGAUCUCUUGAAUUUCAAACGGCUUCUCAGACACUCGUGGCUCUGUUGGUCAAACAUAAUAAAUAUUAUCUUAAUCAUUCUAUUGCUAUCAAUCGUUAACCCAACACGAGUUGGAUUCAGUGGCGUGACGCUGGCAGCAAACAGUUUGCUGAUGUCGGCUUUUUUUUAAAUUCGCCAGUAGUCAUAUUGACAAACAUUGAUGCAUCCGGUUAACAUAAAAUCAUAUCUGGCUCACCAUGAAGUUUUACAUGCUGUGAGUUUCUUUUAAGGACAUUUCUGAUAAUUAAAAACCUUGUGGAAUGAACACAAGACUUCAACUUCCUGGAAUUUAAAGUAAACAAAAAAUUCCAAUAUCACAGUGAAUCACCAGUGUGUUGCUUUAUCUCUCUACACAACGUCCUGUUUCAACAGACAUCACGUCACAUUAAACCUGCAACAGCGGAUUGUUCUAGCUCCUUUGACGCGGAGGGAACGAGAUGUGAAAACAACACGGACCUAUUAUCGCCUUUUAGGUUGAUUACGGCAAACUUAUCAGCAAACUUCUGGCCAGUAGUCACUCUGUUGUCGGUCUCUAUGUUGAACAGUGCGUUUUAUUAACUGUUGCUGUAAACAACACAGUGAAAGGUGUGAGCGUGAACCAUAACAGCCAAGCGAGCUAAAAGACAGGUCAGGUGAUAACUCUCUAUGAGCAUGACUCACCUCUUUCACAUUUAGUCCAGUCGUAAAAACUAAAAUGAUUAUUGCUUCUUUAAGGAAGUAAACGUGUCAUUUGAUGUAUUUAGAUUUUAAUUCCAAGCUGAUACACGUGAGAUUUCAUCAGCUUCUCCCCUAACCUUGUCCUCGCACCCUUGAAUCAGUCGGCUGGCCAUUUACUCCUCCUGUCUCCAUAGCAACCAAAUAUAGACACACCAAGAAAACAAACAAAGCAUCAUCCCUUCCUCUCCUCACACUGCCAUUUCAGUGACGUCACAGUACAUUAGUUAAAUACAUGUAUGACAGAGCACUAUUAAUAACACACUGUGUCUAACUCUGGAUUAACCACACUCUCUCGACUGAUGGACCCUCUAAAUUUGACGAGAGGAGAAAGGGUAAUUGGCUGAAAUGUUACUGAAUGUACAAACCAAUGUGAUUUAUUUAAGUUAUUUUUUAAAAAUCUGACGUGUUAGUGUGUGUUUUAGUCGUGUGCAUUCUUUGUGACGCUGCAUCUUCUCAAUGUGAUGAUGUGGGAGGCCUUUUCAACAUAAGAGCCAUAUUUUAAUGCUGUCCAUGUAUUUAUAGUCUCCAAUGAUUUUAUUUGUUAGCGUGGAGGAUGUUUGUCUGUUUGUAAUAAUGUCUUUGUGGUUGUGUGGUGGGACUAAGGCAGUACAGGCUGUUACGUACAGUGGGUAACCACCAUCAUUGUGUGCACUCCUGACUCAUGGUGACCAGGGACAGAACUGCACUACUAAAUUCUUUCUGUUAUAUUCUGUCAAUGACUGUUGAGGGAGUGGCUUUUUUAAUGAUUCCUAUUCGUUUUGACCAAAAUGUAAAUUUAUUUUUCAUAUGAAACACAUUCAUUGCACUCUCAGUGGACAGUUAUGGAUUUUAGCACUUGAGCAAGUUACUGAUUUUUUUGUCUGUUGCCUUCAAGUUGUGAUUUUUAGAAAAAGUGAUCUGUCAGAUGUUUAUAUCACUUUGUGGCAGAGGGAUAUGUUUGAGGAUCAGAGGCUUCACUGUGGCCCUCAAAACAGAUGUUCAAAAUAUUUAUUAAUUCAGUGGAAUAUUCAGGUUAAAAGUCCCGACAGCUGUGCAUAGAUGAAUUUAGCACUUUUUGAGAACAGGCAGCUGCUCUGGACACACUCCAACAUUGCGUGAGGAGGAGUUUGUGAGUCUCAGCACAGUAAAGCAGUGUAUUUGACAAAACAGUAAAAAGAUUACCGUGCAGUAAACCAGUGGCAUGUCUCCAGUGGCAUGUCUCCAGUCCUGCCUUUUGUUGGGCCUCAAACCAGCCCAGCUCCUCAGUUCAUAAGGGACCCACAUAGCAGUCGCCCAGCAUCACAGAGUCAAAGCAGAAAAGAGUACACAGUGUUGACUCCUUGCCUUUCAUAUCCCUCUACCACAGAUCAGUUCACAUAUACUCACUCAUAUAUCUGAUGAUAUUUCCCUUUUAUUCUCCUGAAUGCUCUGAUUGUUUUUAUUAUUGUUAACUAGGGUGUCUUGAGAUCCGCAGAUCCUGGUGGGAAAUAUUUGCUUUCAGUCGUUUGUUCUUUGUAAAUAUUCACAAAUGUCUCUCAGGAGUUAGAUCCACUGGUUUUCACUCUGAAAAUCGAAUAUGUACUUUUUUUUAACCCUCUGGGGUUUAUCUAGCAAAGCUCUGAGAGUCAACAACUGACUUAAAAGCCUUCUUAUUGUAGGAAUCCUGCAGAUAGCGUAGCUCUGCUCCUUCUAAGCAGCUGUUUGUGUUUUGUGGGAAUGUAUUUAUAUUCAUAACAGGGUAAAGUGGAUAUUCAUGAAUGCACUUGGCUGUUUCACCUAGCGUGGGUAAACACUGCUGUGUGUGUGUUGACAUUUGAUACAGAAACAUCAGAAAGGGAACUAACCUACUGUUCACUCAUUACUUUAGAUUGAGGGGGUUGAUGUAAACACUCCAAUGACAAAUUGCUCUGAAUAAUCACAUUCACAAACAACAGCUACACAUGUAGGUCAGACUGUAUCUGCUUCAAUGUCACUAUGCAGCAUAGGACAAAAAAAAUCUCUAUUUGGCCGACAUGUAUUGUAUUUGAGACACUGACACAUAUCUUGGAACCUAAUACAACCAUCUUUGUAUUUGUGUUGUUUGCAGCGAUGAUUUAGUUUCUUCUAAAAACCUUUUCUCCUGAAGCAUUGACCCUGUUCUCUCCUCCUCCUGUGCUGCGUCACUCUGAGUCCAGCACGAGAAUCAAGUUACUCUUCAGAAAGUCAUGAGCUGAACCCAGUAACCUCUCUGGGCCUUUGCUGUAUCUUUUGUGGGCCUGUUACACGUCUUAUUGGCUGAAACGUUGUGAUGGACAAUGAACUGGCUUUAUUUCACUAAAUGUUGCAUUUGUCAUUUCUGUCUGUCAGCUUCAAAUAAAUGCAUAUUUUGAUCCACUGUCAA